AUGACCAAAAUCUUGACAGCAUUGGGCCUUGCGCUCGCCUCUACUGGCCUCAUAGCCUCGUCGACACCUGUCGAUGCCUCCGCUGAUGGCGCUGCCGCUGCCGCCGCCGCCACUAAGCCAUGCCUCAAGGGACCUGCUCUGCGACACUGGCCGAGCGAGGCCGCAAAGGCGCUCAACGCCAUGAUUGCCGCCAAUGCCCACCAGGGUCGCUACGCCGCGUUCGACAUGGACAACACCAGCUAUCAGUUUGAUCUCGAGGAAUCGCUGCUGCCAUAUCUCGAGAACAAGGGCGUCAUCACCCGCGACACCAUGGACCCCUCACUCAAGCUCGUUCCUUUCAAGGACACCCCCGACCACAACGAGACGCUCUAUGGCUACUACCUGCGUCUCUGCGAGAUUGACGACGCCAUUUGCUAUCCCUUUGCCGCGCAAAUAUUCAGCGACAUUCCUCUGCGCAAGCUCAAGGUCUACGUCGACGAGCUCCUGGCGCUCAACGACACUGUCCACACGAGCUACUACGAGGGUGAUAAGCUGAUCAAGGUUGACGUCAACCCCCCCAAAAUUUUCCGAGGCCAGGUUGAGCUGUACAACAAGCUCAUGGCCAACGGCAUCGAGGUCUAUGUCGUCUCUGCUGCAUCCGAGGAGCUGGUCCGCAUGGUCGCCUCCGACCCCAAGUAUGGCUACAAUGUCAAGCCAGAAAACGUCAUUGGCGUCACCACUGCUCUGAAAAACAUUAGCAGCAGCGAUCUCACCUCUGCGCGAAAGCAAAUCAGCGACGGCACAUAUGAUGAACAGGCCAAUCUCGACCUGAUUAUGACUCCUUUCCUCUGGACCCCAGCGACGUGGAAGACGGGCAAAUGGGCUGCCAUCCUGUCUUAUAUUGACGAGUGGAAGAAGCCCAUCCUAGUUGCUGGCGAUACCCCCGACAGCGAUGGCCCCAUGCAGUUCCACGGCGUCGACGUGCGCCGCGGCGGCAUCCACCUCUGGGUCAACCGCAAGGACAAGUACCAGAAGCAGAUUGAUCAGAUGAAGGCCGACUUUGCUGCCCAGCAGGAGGAGGAAGGCUGGCCGGUGACGGCCGACAAGAACUGGGUUACGGUCAAGCCGAGUGACAUUCUGUAA